AUGGCCCCCACCAUUAGCGAAGCCCCCGCCGAGCUAUCUCAAAGUGACCAGCAGACCACUCAACAGGAACAUGACCUGGAAUAUUACCGAAGGUUUUUGAAGGAUUUGAUCUCCAGCAUUCAAGAUGGUGACACUGCCGCCGUCGACCGAAUCGUAUCCCUCAUCCGAUCCGGUGCCUCAAACCAAGAUAUUCAUCAAGCCGUUCAGCCAGUUCGGAAUUUAUGA